AUGUCAAAAAGGUGUCAGCCUGAAGUUCGGGGUCCAACCCCAACGCUCAACGGCAUCAACGGCACCAACGGGGACGGCACCACAACGGAGCCAACGGCCACUCCUAAUUGGCGUGUCUGCGUCCCGUUUUUGGUCGGCGGGAUCCGGGGUCGGGAGGAAUUUGUUUGGCGUAUACAGCCUCUUUACGUGAGAAUUGGGCCCCGAUGGAGUCAGUAUGGAGAAUUUUUCAGAGAUAUUGAAGAGUAUGCGCAUGCUUCUGUGUUUAAGGGGGAGACACUGGGCAACUCUAUUUUGCUGGCCAAGAAAGCCCGCAAAAGGAUGUCGCGGUGUCAAGAGUCUAGACCUUCUCUGGAGACUUCUGUUGGCCAGGCAGAGCGGGCUCACGGAGGCAACGAUGAGCCCUGUCCUGUCCUUUUUGACAUUGUCACACGAUCACGGGCUUUUGCAAUCUGCCCUUUGCGCGCAAAAGUGUAUGUGUGCGUGGCUCCUACCUCUGUUCAGACUUUCCGCCAUGGCAUUUUCAAUUUCCAAUCCAUCCCCCUUCUCCUGUCAAAGCUUCGCAAAGCUCUUAGCAAUUCAUCCUUCCUUGGUAAUCUUUCUCUCCGUUUCUCAGACCACUUUUACCUUUCUACAGCCGCAUCCAGAUACACGCCACGCAAUCUUGAGACGGCAGCUGCCUCCUCCAAGACCUUUGCCAGCAAUAUGGUACCCGUAUGGAUGAAUGCCGUUUACCCCGUUCAAGAGAGCCUCUCCCCGCUCUCAUCUCCCGUCUAUGCAGAUAACAGCAACAAGAGACGGAGAGGUCCCCCCUCCCAGCUCCAAAUCCCCACGGUCCACAACCGACGAGACGGCAGCACCGACAUAACCACAUGGGCACUCAAUGACACGCGCAAACUCUCGAUCCCUUGGGCUGCGCGCCAAGACACAUACCCUGUCGAUCUCCCAGCCUUUUUUUCGAUCCUUAGCCCAAGGGUCCCCGUUUUCUUCAGCUUGGGUCUCACGGUCUGGUCUGGUCUUGGAGGACCUUUUUGCAGUGGAGAACCCAAGACGGUUCGGUAUCACCGUAAUUGCUCUGAGCCCAUUUUCCAUCCGCCAGCACGCACGCCGUCCCAACUCCCAGCUCUACCAGGGCGGGCCCUUUUCCUUUUGGCUACUGUCACUGCUUCUGUCAAGACCACAAGACUUGGUUUAACUUCUGAGCUAAGACUUCCCAAGCCCCAAGACAUGCAGUGCUUGCCAGAAGCCAUUUCCCUCCAGCUCGGCGUCCAGCAUCUUCAGAGCAGGGUACUUGGCGCUUUCCUUUGCACAAUUAUGCACUAUGCGCGCGACACCGUUGCUAGGGAAUGUGUCCACAAUGCCUACAGUAAACAUCGAGAGUUCAUCCUCAUCGGCCGUCUUGCAUGGGCAUCCGUUGUCCCGCUGCUCAACCUAAGCGAACCCCCUCUUCUGUACGGAGACGAGAAGGGCCAAAAUGCCAUGCAAGACCACGCAAGCCUCGCGUGUGCCAAACCCCAUGCCAUGCCAUGUAACUGCCUCAACUCUCACACAAUCCCGCACCACUCCAGAGACGGGCACCACGCAAAAGCCCGCAUAUCCUCACCAAUGGAGCGCCCGUGGCUGUGGCUGCAGCAGCCCGCGUGCCCGCACCGCUCGCCCAGGGCGAAAAAGAGAGCGCCUCUUGGAGUUGCGCGUACGUUACUCACGUCCGAGGCUGGGUUCGCUUGGCUGCCUGCCCUGAGUCUUGUCCUUGUGGUGCCUGUCACUGUUGCUGCAGAAUCGGCGGCGCGCGCAAAGGGCAAAAAGGCAAUCACGGAAAUGGCUGAUUCGCAAAAGCCACAAGACGGUUUCCCUGCGUGCCUGUCUGUCAGCGGGUUUGCUGUUGAUGACUACCCAUCUAUCCGUAGAUGGGUAUUGCUGAGGUUAUCUCCUGAUUACUCUCCCAAUCCGCGGGGCCCCCAUCUCGCGUCCGGGUCCCCAGCGAGUGCGAAAUGCCGUCUUCACACCCUAUCCGUAUCUCCGCUCACGCGGAGAGGGUUUCGCUGGGCUGCGCGGCACCGAAAGAGACUCGAGCUUCGGCUUCCCUCUCUCGUUUGCAUCCAAACUCUAGGCGUAUCUUCGGGUCCGCCGGCUAUUAAGUGCAUAACCCCGCGUGGCUCCAAGUCAGCUUUUUCUCUUCACUACAUCCGUCUCAAAGUUAUCAAUCCCUCAAGCUCACACACGCCCCACCUCUUUGGGGAAAGGCUUGGGACCUUUUUUGGUGUCGUCUCAUGCCUAGCUCAAUUUGAAGUUCAACUCUAUCAAUCCGGCGCCCAAUCAUCAAAGAAGAUCGAGACGGUGUUCGGGAAGCAUAAUCGACUUCCCGUGGAGAAUGCGAACGACUGGUGGUUCGGCUUCUGGGCUGCAUGGCAUAUCUUUCUCUCGUCCAAGCGUCCACGGGGUGCCAAGGUCCCUUGCCGUAGCACCCUCACGCUACUGCGUAGCCAUCGUGUGGGCUUGUGGGUUGUGUUUUGGCACUUGCUCGGUCUUUUGGACGAGUCUGGCAUCGUAAACCCUCAAAACUGCCGGGUUGGUGUUUCGUACACCCUCUCGCUUGUCACGAGGCCGCUAUGCAGCUCAAAUGCAUCGUCGAUGUCAAACUCGGUUGCUCGGUUCUCAAAACACCAACGAAUCUACUCGCCACGCCCAUCGCCACCUCGGACGCGUAUCCUCCAUAGGGAACAAUUCCAUCAGCCUUACCCGUCUGUCAUCCCCGAUUCUUUGCCUGCCCCUCCUCCACUAUUGUUCCCAUCGGCAAGCUCUUGCGCCUCGAGGCAAGCCUUCCUCAUACUGCAACGGCACGCACAGAAGCAUCGCAUCGGCACAUCGAGCACGACCAGCGCAUCGACAGGCAACGAUCGAUCCAAAGCGCACCAGCAACCAAUGAUUCGCAUAGACGGGACAAGGCCAGAGUCCGUCUCGCUCCAUGCCCAACAUUCACUGGUAUUGACCUUCCUGAGCUUGAUAGAAAUCACCUGCCCUUUAAGAGUCAUUGUCCGACGAUAUCGCAAAGCCAAGUCGCCUACCAAAGAGAGACACGUCAAAUCCCGUCACCCAGGCUUGGUCUCUAGUCUCGAUACAAGCGUCUUGCGGCCACUUGACGGGAAUGCGGGUGUGGCAUGCGCAAAAUCCCUUGCCAACAGCACAACCUUCCCCGCGACAUGGCAUCGGGCAGUUGUUAGUUUGAUCGGCUCCCACCCGUUGCCCAUCGACAAGACCGCAUCCAGAGCAGAGGGGGAGCAAGUCCUCCGCCCCUCCGCGGUUUUUCAACCACAUGAUUCCGCAUCGGUCAUCGAAACGAAACUCGAUCGAAACGCUAAUGGUGUCUUUACGUCCUAUUUCGCGCGUACGCUACUGGCGGAUACCCUACCCGCGCUUACGCUCUGUCGUUCUUCGAUCUCGAUGACAUUCAAUGCCAAUUUUGCCAAUUUUCCGCACCUUUUCGAUGGUAUCGGCUUUUCUCGAUCAAAUAUUUCAGAAUCUCUCAUUGCUUUUCACCCACCGGAAACUUUCCAGUUCCCUGGCUUUUCGAGCGCCUCUGUCUACUUUACCUAUUUGAAUCUAUCGUACUCCGUAUUCACACAGCACCUAGCCGUGCCCUUGUCGUCGAUCCGGCUAGUCUGCGAUCGCGAUGAACGUUGCACAUCCUCAUGCUAUCUUCACCCAAUACCGACCGUCAAACGGCUCACCGUUCCAGGUUUUCCCCCCGAUCGACCGUCACCCAUCUUUUCGCAUGACGUUUUUGCACCUAUACCAUACGGUGCAUCUUCGAUCCAUCUCGAGGGAUCAAGCUCCAUUCCUCUCGGCCGUGACUCCUGCAGUGCUACUGGACGGAGAGCCACUCUUUCCUUCUUCUCCGUCGUCACUAAGCAUAUCUUUCGCUCACAGAUAGUCUGCUAUUCGGAGCCGGCACGGCGAAAACCACCGACUGAGCAAGCCGAGGUGCCAUUUUGCCGGGUGUUGUCCAGCUUAACUCCAGUCCUGGCCCCCAGCGCCAAGUUCCUUGGUUCCGGUUCCAGUCAAAAACCAAGUCAAAGGUGUCUCGGUUUUUUUGACAUCGCCGAUCCUGUAUCAAUCGCCCUGCUUCUCUGGGGUUCACUGUCCCAGUUCAACCAAUAUGCUUUCUCAGCCCGCUCAGCGCAGGAUCCAUCUGGCAGGGAGAGGGGUACCAUUGUCGAACUCGAUACGAUGACAGGGAACGCCUGCGAGCAAAUUCCUGGCCAUUGGGGUUUUCCUUUUCGAAUAAAGGUAAUGCCCCAGAGAUUCUCCGCAUUUUCUUCCCAAGCAGGGUUUUGGCAACAGCAUCCAGUCGGUGUCCUAGUGGUACCACUUGUUGGCAGUACGACCAUACGAUUGUGGCCGCUUUUCUUGUUUAUUGUGCUAUCGGAGGGCAAGCCAAGGCACUUCCCUCGAUAUGGUGAAGUCUUUCCAACGGCACACUCGCCGACCCGUAUUCAUGAACCAGUGUUCAUGAAUACGAUAGCGAUGGGUGUUUCCGAUUCCGAUUCUGGCUAUGCCAGCGAGCUUCUAGCUCACGAUUUCACCCCGUCAUCCAAUCUUCUUUACAUCCCCGGCUCGCGACCAGCCCGUCUACCCAAGACCCCGAUGACGGGCGCCGAUGGAGAGCCGGCGCAUCGAAAGACGCAAGCGGGCCUCGUGCCCGUGUCCGAGAAGCAAUGA